GUUGAUGGCAGCGGCAGCUGGGACUGCAGCGACGCCGGGCCUCAGAGAGCCGCAAGCAGUGGCUGGAGCGCUCAGACGAACACCCGGGCCCCAGACGCCGCGGACACCCGGAGAAGCAGUUCCGGCGCCCUGACGCCUCCCUCGGCCCCCAGCGCACCCCUAGCCCCCACUGCAGAGGAGUCGCAGCGUGAGCGCCCCUCGGCCCACUCAGGACCAGCUCACAGGACUAAGGACCAAAGGCAUUUCUGGGCACUGAGAUCCUCCACUUCUACCCACAGCCAUGAGCCGGCGUGUGGUUCGGCAGAGCAAGUUCCGCCAUGUGUUUGGGCAGGCAGCAAAGGCUGACCAGUCCUACGAGGAUAUCCGUGUGUCCAAGGUCACGUGGGACAGCUCCUUCUGUGCUGUCAACCCCAAAUUCCUGGCCAUUAUUGUGGAGGCUGGAGGUGGAGGUGCCUUCAUUGUCCUGCCUCUGGCCAAGACAGGACGAGUGGAUAAGAACUACCCUCUGGUCACUGGGCACACUGCUCCAGUGCUGGACAUCGACUGGUGCCCACAUAAUGACAACGUCAUCGCCAGUGCCUCAGACGACACCACGGUCAUGGUGUGGCAAAUUCCAGACUAUACCCCUAUGCGCAACAUCACAGAACCCAUCAUUACACUCGAGGGCCACUCCAAACGUGUGGGCAUCCUCUGCUGGCACCCUACUGCCCGGAAUGUUCUGCUCAGUGCAGGUGGUGACAAUGUGAUCAUCAUCUGGAAUGUGGGCACUGGGGAGGUGCUCCUGAGUCUAGAUGACAUGCACCCGGACGUCAUCCACAGUGUUUGCUGGAACAGCAAUGGUAGCCUGCUAGCCACAACCUGCAAGGACAAGACCCUGCGCAUUAUAGACCCCCGCAAGGGCCAGGUGGUGGCGGAGCGAGCCCGGCCUCACGAGGGCGCCCGCCCGCUGCGGGCCGUCUUCACUGCAGACGGGAAGCUACUCAGCACCGGCUUCAGCAGGAUGAGUGAGCGGCAACUCGCGCUCUGGGACCCGGAGAGGUUUGCGGCCCACGAGGGAAUGAGGCCCAUGCGGGCCGUCUUCACGCGCCAGGGUCAUAUCUUCACCACGGGCUUCACCCGCAUGAGCCAGCGAGAGCUGGGCCUGUGGGACCCGAACAAUUUCGAGGAACCAGUGGCACUGCAGGAGAUGGACACAAGCAACGGGGUCCUACUGCCCUUCUACGAUCCCGACUCCAGCAUCGUCUACCUAUGCGGCAAGGGCGACAGCAGCAUUCGGUACUUUGAGAUUACAGACGAACCACCUUUCGUGCAUUACCUGAACACGUUCAGCAGCAAGGAGCCUCAGAGGGGCAUGGGUUUCAUGCCCAAGCGGGGACUGGAAGUCAACAAGUGUGAGAUCGCCCGGUUCUACAAGUUGCACGAAAGAAAAUGUGAGCCCAUCAUCAUGACUGUGCCCCGCAAGUCAGACUUGUUCCAGGACGAUCUAUACCCAGAUACGCCUGGCCCUGAGCCAGCCCUAGAAGCUGACGAAUGGCUAUCUGGCCAGGACGCGGAACCCGUGCUCAUCUCGUUGAGGGACGGUUACAUACCUCCCAAGCACCGCGAGCUUCGGGUCACCAAGCGCAAUAUUCUGGACGUGCGCCCUCCCUCGGGCCCCCGCCGCAGCCAGUCGGCCAGCGAUGCCCCAUUGUCGCAGCAGCACACUCUAGAGACGCUGCUGGAGGAGAUCAAGGCCCUUCGUGAGCAGGUGCAGGCCCAGGAGCAGCGCAUCACGGCUCUGGAGAACAUGCUGUGCGAGCUGGUGGACGGCACGGACUAGUGCAGCGCGCGGGGGGGAAGCUCCGAGCCUGGGGGGCCCUGCCGGACCGGGAGCACCCUUGGCCCCGCCCUGGUUCUUGGUCUGGAACUCGGACCCCGCCUCUCUGGGCUGGGGCCGGGGGCGGGACUGGGAAGGGAACUCCGCCCCUCGCGGGAGUCCUGGACAAAUGGAGCGUCGCAGAGACUCGAGUCUGCCUGGCACCCACCGGGCUGCGUGCCUCGUCCGGGACUCAGCAGGAGCUGGCCUUGGGAGACCGGGGGUGACAGGGACCUCAGCAAUGGUGCUGCACGGCGAAGCGGUGUCCCCUCUGUCCCCCGGUCAGGGCAGGGGAAGUGCUUAGUAUUAGCGCUAUUCUUGGGGAUAUCUGGGAGCUUGGGCUUGACCUCAAAGGGGUGGCGGCGAUUCGAUGGGUCUCCCCAGACCGACUGGGGUUGAGUUACGCUUCUCUUUCUAAUCAGUUCACUUGAUUUCACUACCCUAAGUGGUAAAACGUAUGGGUGUCACCCCAGUUCUACAGACAUACACAACCUGUUGGCUGUGGAGCCGAAUCCACCGGCUACACCCAGCAGUCUAUGGCAGAGGGCUCUCUUCCUUCUUUUCACCCACAGGGGAGAGGGCGGCUUCCUCACUGCACCCCCGCCGGAGAACUAAUCAGAAAACUGGCAUGGAAGCAGGUUCACACCCUCCUUCACGUCCCCCCCCCUGCCCCCCGUUACCUGCCCCCCACUGCCCCCAGCCUUCUGCUGUGGCCUUGACCCUAGGAGGAAAACAAGACGUACGGAAUGAAAUAUUUUACUAAGUGCUCAGUCUGUGCCUCCUGCAUGGGUGGGGAUGAGGGGGGCGAGACCCAAGCCUCUGUAAAUGCUGUCCCCAGGCUUGGGUGGGGGGGGGGGCAGUGCUGACAAAUGCUCAGGACCCACUAGGCAUUCUUUUACCUCAAACCCCUCCCACACUGAGUUUCAGAAAGAACCCCUAACCCGUAGGUGGGCGUUCUUCCCCAGUAAAGCCAGCUAGGAAAAGC